AUGAAGCUCGUCACGUUCAUCUUUACUGCCCUCGUCCAACACGUCAUCUCCACCUCUGCUUCUCCCACUUCCGCGAGCGUGGAAGACGGCGCAGCCAUCGCGAGCAGAACUCAAAAGGGAUGCACCAAGAUCGACGUUCUCAAGGAAUGGCGCGACAUACCCGUCCAACAACGCCUCGACUACAUUCGCGCAGUUCAAUGCCUUCAAGCUAAACCAGCGGACAUUACACUACCGCGAGAGGGCGUGCGCUCGCGGUACGAUGAGUUCCAGGCCUCACACGCUGAUUUAACCCACCACGCACACUGGCCUGUGGGACAAUUCUUACCAUGGCAUCGAUACUUUGUGUUCUUGUACCACAAAGCGUUACAAAAGGAAUGUGGAUACAAAGGAACCUUACCAUACUGGGACUGGACUCGCGACGCUGAUUCUGGCGUACCGUUCUCAUCCUCCCCCCUCUUCGAUCCCAUAACUGGAUUCGGAGGGGACGGCGUUCCAGGUACCUACACCGGCCCACCCGAGGUCUUCCCGCACGACCCAAUCGGUCCCUGGCCCCCCGGCGUCUCCUACCCUCCCAUCCCCUUCCCCCCCUUCCCCGGCUUCCCCUCCGGGCCGCGCUCUCCCCAAGGCUGCGUCCCCUCCGGACCCUUCGCCCACCACACCGUCAUAAUCGGUCCAAAGGCCACAGACGUCAACCCCCGCUGUCUCGUCCGCGGGAUCUACGAGGACGUGAAGAAGAAUGUGAACAGUACAGCGCUGAAGGCUACGUUGGAUCAGCCGACGUUUGAGGCAUUUAGGAACUUUAUUGCGGUGCAGGGUGAGCCGCUGGAGCCUGGUUCGGGGAUACAUUGGGCUGGACACGCGAUUGUGGGAGGUACAAUGAGUGCGGCGGGGUCGUCUCCUGGCGACCCCCUCUUCUACCUCAACCACGCCAACCUAGAUCGUAUCUGGGCGAAAUGGCAAAACGCCGAUCCAGAAAAGAGACUUUUCGAAAUAUCAGGAAAUACAACGAUGUGGCCGCCGUUCGUCAACACAACGCUCGACUACGAGAUGCCGUUCACGACCAUUUCCAAACCGAUUAAGAUUAGGGAUGUCAUGAAUACCGGGUCGUAUCCACAGUGUUAUAGUACCUUUUGA